UGUGCACAGGUCGGACGCUGAGGCUCGCCCACAGCUCACAGAGGAAACCAUACAGCCACUCUGACAGCUCGCUCGCUGUUGGCUUCAAUGGAGUUUGACAACUGAAGAUUAUUUCUCUGUUGACGAUCCCCUUUAUUCUGUGAAGAUAUGCCUCAUUCCAGGUGCACAACAGGAAAUAGUUUAGUACAAGUGCUUCGUUCAGGAGCUUCCUCCUUUCCUGAACGCCACAUGGAGAACGUUUCCCCCAGUCAAUGAACAAAAACCAGCUGGACAGCAACACAACAGCAGUAUUAAUCCUCAAAGAUGGCAGUCACUUCACUAUAUGUUACCGAGGAGCCGGGCUUAGCUGAGGUGGACAUAUGUACGCUUGAGAUUAACGCCAAGUAUGAUGUCAUCCCAUCUAUUGUCUGCUCCGUUUGCCUUUCAUUUGGCCUCAUCUACACCUUUUUUGGGUACCGCUGCUUCAAGAUGGUCAUGUUCUUCUCUGGCUUCAUGUUUGGCUCAGCAGCUGUUCUCCUGUUGUACCACAAGGAGCCCCUGUUAGAGGCCCAGCUGGGGUCAGAGACAAAGGCAGGGAUCGGCCUGGGCGUGGGCGUCCUCUGCGGGCUGAUGACCAUGCUGGUGUCCACGAUAGGACUUCUGUUCAGUGGCCUGCAGCUUGGGAGCCUGCUCUCCCUCGCCAUCCUGCUGGUCAUCGGACAGUUUCACAGCCUCACUCCGGUGUGGCUGCCCGUCAGUGUCGUGCUGGCCGCCGGCAUCGUCACGUCUCUCUUCACACUUCAGUGGCAGAAACUGUUCACCGUCGUCUACACAGCUGUGUUUGGAGCCGCCACUGUGAUGCUGUGUGUGGAUUACCUGGUUGGGAUGUUUAUACUGCCAGAUCAGGUUUAUGAUAUUUUUUGUCAAGGCGUCCCACGUCCAUUCUGCUGGUUUAACUGGGCGAUCACUGGGAUAUGGCCAGUUCUGGGUCUGAUAGGUGUGUUGGUACAAUGGGGGUUUACUGCCAAAGGAGUAUCACACACAGAAGCAGCACACAAAAAACAGCAGAAACAUACGAAGAAGUACAGAUACAGAGAGUCAAGAAGAAGACCUCAACCACCACAUCGUCGACGCAGACCUCCAACACUGAAACGCUACACCGGGGACGUCCUAGCACCGAGUUACCUCCAGAGCCUUAAGGAGCGCCAGAUGGGAACAGGCUCCUCCACCAGCAGUGUCAGCACCAUCACACACACUCUAAUAGACUUUGACUUUGAGACGGGCUCCAUGGUGCCUCUGACUGCUGCCUCGCCUGUCUGUACAGUCUGAGGGAGCACGGCUUCGAAUAUCUGCAUCCCAGGACUUCGUUAUCAUGUACUGAAAAUUGAACAUUCCUUUGAGAUGUUCACUUCCUUGGAAAUAAUUUAACCACUUUGACUGGCGGCAUGAAUCCACUUUAACCGGCUUUGUCAGAUAAUCAUCAACAUGCAUAUGGUGUGAUUUUAAAUGUUCUGAGAUCAUCCCACCCGAAACGAUGAUGACACAACAUGCACCGUCAUCAGACUCAUGAUCAUCAGCAGUUUAUCUCACAGACACUUUGUGUUUAACAGGCUGGCAUAAUAAUCGUUUUUCCUCCAAACACUGUAUGCUGUGUGUCUAGAUUUAGGUUGGGUUGCAGUUCUUUUGAAAUGUUAUGGUUAUAAACAAUGAAUUCACACUAACCUAUGCAAAUAAACUAGGAUGUGCUGUACAUAAAAAAAU